AUGCACUGGAUUCACUCCUGAUGCUUCUAUCUACUCGCAGAGCCUUCUGGAGUUUGACUUACUCUCUCUGCUUCAGUUUCCCUUGCCUGUAAAAUGAAGCCGGGGGUAGCUUUCCGUCAUAGGGUGUUAGGGAUUGAGAUAAAUGCAUGGCUAGCACUCAGCCUAGUGCUCAGUACACCAUAGUUGCUUAAUAAAUGCUUAUUGUUAGCAUAAUGGUACUUGCACACCAGACCCCUCCAUUCCCGCUGCCAGCCUGAAGCACAUGCCCACUGCCAAGUGGAGGGUGAGUGGUCAUCUACUCUGGCCCACAGCUUACGUUCCUCUUGAGAUGCUUGGACUGCCCAGGCUCUAGGUGAGAUCCUUGCUGCACAGAUCCUGCUCUCUGGCAACUGAGUAUGUGUGGGGGGCCCACCCCGAAGUCCAGAUGACACUCAUGCCGAUGGCUUCAGUGAUGGCAGUGACUGAACCAAAGUGGGUGUCAGUCUGGGGUCGCUUCCUAUGGGUGAUACUGCUGAGCAUGGUGUUGGGGUCCCUGCUGGCACUGCUGCUGCCGCUGGGGACCCUGGAAGAGCAGUGUUUGACCGUGCUUAAAGGCUUCUACCUGCUGAGGAGCAAGUUGGACAGGGUGCAGCAUGCCGUCACCAAGUGCACCAGCCCAUCCACAGAGCUCAGCGUCACCUCCAGGGAUGCAGCACUGCGGGUGGUCAAGACCAGGGCCUCUCCAGCUGGUAAGUUGGAAGCCAAAGCAGCUCUGAACCAGGCUCUGGAAAUGAAACGCCAAGGCAAGCGGGAGAAAGCCCACAAGCUCUUCCUGCAUGCCCUCAAAAUGGACCCAGACUUUGUAGAUGCACUCAACGAGUUCGGCAUCUUUUCAGAAGAGGACAAGGACAUCAUCCAGGCAGAUUACUUAUACACCAGAGCGUUGACCAUCUCGCCCUACCAUGAGAAAGCGCUGGUCAACCGGGACCGGACACUGCCAUUGGUAGAAGAGAUCGACCAGAGGUAUUUUAGCAUCAUCGACAGCAAAGUGAAGAAGGUCAUGUCCAUCCCCAAGGGCAACUCUGCGCUGCGCAGGGUCAUGGAGGAAACCUACUACCAUCACAUCUACCACACGGUCGCAAUCGAGGGCAACACCCUCACCCUCUCAGAAAUCAGGCACAUCCUCGAGACCCGCUAUGCCGUGCCAGGGAAAAGCCUGGAGGAGCAGAACGAGGUCAUUGGCAUGCACGCAGCAAUGACUUACAUCAACACAACGCUAGUUUCCCGCAUCGGGUCUGUCACCAUCAGUGACGUGUUAGAGAUCCACAGGCGGGUGCUGGGCUAUGUGGAUCCAGUGGAAGCUGGCAGGUUUCGGACGACACAGGUCCUUGUGGGACACCACAUCCCUCCCCAUCCUCAAGAUGUUGAAAAGCAGAUGCAGGAGUUCGUACAGUGGCUCAACUCUGAGGAUGCCAUGAAUCUGCACCCAGUGGAGUUUGCAGCAUUGGCCCAUUAUAAACUGGUUUACAUUCACCCUUUCAUCGAUGGCAAUGGAAGGACCUCACGCCUGCUGAUGAACCUCAUCCUGAUGCAGGCGGGCUACCCGCCCAUCACCAUCCGCAAGGAGCAGAGGUCUGAGUACUACCAUGUACUGGAAGUUGCCAACGAAGGCGAUGUGAGGCCAUUCAUCCGCUUCAUCGCCAAGUGUACAGAAACCACUCUGGACACUCUGCUCUUUGCCACAACGGAGUACCCGGUGGCACUGCCAGAGGCCAAACCCAACCACUCCGGGUUUAAGGAGACACUGCCUGUAAAGCCAUAACCCUGGAAAUCCUCCCUUGGUGACAAGGGUGUCCCGGAGAGAGGGAAAUCUUAGCACUUCUAGAAACCGGACAGUCUCCCAAAGCAAAAGGAGACAGAAAAAGGACUUAAAACAUUCUUUACCUCCAAAUGUUUUAGUUAAAAAAAAGAGAAAACCUAAAUUAUUAAGCCCUAUGUCUAAGGUAACUUAUAAUUCAGCCCAAGUUAUUAUUUAUUUUCUCCUUUUGGGCUAGUAAAUGUAUGGUGUCCGUGCUGUCUGUGCUGGUGGCCCUAGGUAGGCUUUGGGGGCAUCAGUGCUGUGUGUGUGACCAGAACACCGGUUCUGGAGCAGAAUUUGCACUCACGUGGGGAGAGGCCAGAAGUGUGGAAGGAGGUCCAGAAGCCAUAGGAGGAACUCCUCCAAGUGUUCUGUGAUUUGACCUGAGAGGUCAGCACUCUUGGGGAGAACCUGGUUCCAGUUUUGAGAAAUGACUGAAAGCUUGCUUUCUUAGAGAGUUUUGCUCUCCUACAAAGAGAUUAGCGUUGUGACUAAUUCUCAUUAGUAGAGCAAACUUCUGAGAGGUGAAAUAAACAUGUUGACAACAUUUCUAGUUAGAUACCUUGCUUGUUUCAAGAAGUCCUGGAGUCAUAGCUUGCACACCCUAGUACCAGAGGCUGUUAUUUUUCCCUCAUCAGACUAUUUUUCUAAUUAAGAAUAGGGGAGUGGCCAGCUUGGUUUUCUCUGUAUGCAAUGUUUCUCACACUUCGUUUGCAGCAGCUCAGACCAGAUGUUUUAGUCUGCAGAUUCUCUGGGUUUGUCAACUGAAUCCUACUGCAGAUCAGGUACUGUGCGAGUGGCCAAGUUGGCCCUCACCCCUGACUCUUGAGUUGAACAUCGUGUCGGUAGAUAUUCAAGAACACAUCUGUAAAAACAGUUGCCACAUCGACACCAAAUAAGAAUUUUUGAUAAUUAGAUGAAGUUUCUACCAAACUAUGAAAAACCUUUAAAAACAGCCAGGAUGCGUCCCUUUUGUCAUGCAGUUUUAUCCACUUUCUGAUUUGACCCCCACCUCCCACAGCCAUGGUACUGUCCAGCAUCCCAUCGGGGAAGCAGAAGAGAUUGCCUAGAGUAGCCUUAUUUUUCUAGCAACUUGUAGAAUGAUAAAACAUUCUAUGUAAUAUGGCCAAGUUUCUAAGUCUUCGUUCUAUGGAAGAAUAAUUUCCUGUACCGUUGAUAUAUUGGCACAGGUGCCGAUAUGACUGCUGCUAUGCUACUCAGAGUCCAAAGGGCCACGGGUUCCUCUCCCAGUGACACAGCCUGGGACAUCUAACGCUGUCGUGCACUUUGUCAGGGUCAGAAUGAUGGUGAACACAAAGUGUGGUCUCUGACUUGGAAGUCACAGCCUGACAGUAAAGAGGUCACUGUUCUGAGGUAGCAGGUGCUUAUAACUUACUUGUAGGAUAGGCGCAGAGUCGCUUUCUGAAAGAUUGAGAAAAAGAUGUGUGAAGUGGCCCCAAGUGAGAAUUAUUCAAACCUUUAUAAAAAAUUAUUUUCAUACUUGUAUGCUGCCAUAAGGUAUCUCUUCAACCUGAACUCUUCUGGCGUCUUGGUCUCAGCAGCACACCAAGGAAGCCUGACCAGAAGUGCGUAGUUUGUACUAUAUAGAGAAAUGUGCACUUUAGCUUUAUUGUGAAGGAUGUUAUUUUAACAGAUUACUGACUCUAAUAAAGUAUUUUAUUAAUAAAGGCCUGA